AUGGGCGGCCGGCCAGAGUUUCACAACGUUGACCGCAAUAGGUAUGGCCGCAUUUUCGAGCCAUGGCAUAACUUUGAGAUAGUGAUAACGUCAUCUAAGAACAACUGCUGGGUUGUUGUGAAGAACAAGAGCUGGCGGCACAGAACGGUGAUCCGAUCGCAUGCUGGCAAUGUGGGCUAUCGCGGCGCACUGAAAAAGUCAGAGGCUGCUACAUAUGCGAUAGGCUUGAACAUUGCCAAAAAGCUGCGCCGGCUUGGUGUCACCUGCGCCGAAGUUCACUUCAGAAGGCUAAUGAAGGUCGAAACGUGCCUCCAGGCAUUCCAGAACGUUGGUUUGCAGAUUACCAAGCUGACCCACAUGCCGCGGACUCCAAUAGGAAAUCCACACAAGCCACGGAAGAAGCGACGUGUGUGA